UGACUGCAGCCGUCGGAUUACUAUUUUGAACACACACUGUUUACAACGUCACUAGACCCACGUGUGUACAGCCUGAACUGGGGGAAUACCGAGCGAGUUUGUACUGUAAAACAGAAUACGUAACGAUGCCUAAAGCUCUGUCAAAUAAAGGGAAAACAGAGAAGAAAGUAAUUCACCCUUACAGUAGAAAAGCUGCCCAGCUCACAAGAGAAGCCCAUAAGCAAGACAGAAAGGAAAAGUUAAAGAAUGAAAAAGCCUUGCGUCUAAACAUCAUAGGUGAAAAACUACAGUGGUUUCAAACUCACCUUAAUCCAGACAAGAAUGAAUAUACAAAAAAGGAAGCAUGUGAAUUAAUUGAAAGCUACUUGCAUCGGUUUGAUGGUGAGCUGGAGCAAAUUGAAUUACAGAACAGCAUAAAAGGCAGACAGGCAAGGCAGCAUGGUUCCCGUGAGACUGUCAUCAAGCAGACCAUGGAGCGUGAAAGGCGCCUCUUUAAUGGAUAUGGAAUUGUGUCUCUAGAGGGCAAGAAUGCUGACACAUUUGCAAUGUUAAAGCUUCAGGUACAUUUAAACUAG